AUGGAUUAUCAUCCUACAGGAUUGCCGGGCAGUAACAGGAUGGUACUUAAUCACUUCGAUGUAUCAACACAGGCGAACAUCCAACACGCCGCCUUGACUUACGAGUCAGAAGACGAGAUGACGAGCAAAUUACAGCAGAGGGACAGGGAUAGAAGAAACGCGGCGCGUGCGCAUUACAACCGCGAGGACAUCAGAGAGCAAUAUUGCAUCACCGAAAGGGGCUUGGGCGCUUUGGAGACGAAACACAGCCUCUUCGGGUGCCUUUCGGCCCCCCACGGGGCCUCGUCCUGCUCCAAUAGGGCUUCUCUAUUGACGGCUUGCGUCAGACAAAAGGUCCCGUCUGAUGAGAAUCUCUACGAUUUGUACAAAAGACAUCCUUCGGAGUAUGCACCUUAUCCUAGAAGAAGCAGAUAUCCCUGGGGACCUGUCACAUCAGAUAUAUACCAUUACGACGAGGAUCUAAAGACAUCUUACUUCAGAAGGAAGCCCAUCAUAGACCCGAGUCGUUACACCUGGAUGCCCUCUGAUGAUGAGUCCGAUAAAAUGGAGAAACCCAGGUCUAUUGUGGAGAACAAUUGCCAUCACGAUCGAGUGGCCAAUCCUUCCUCUUCAGUCAUUCUACCGGGGAAGAAACACGUGAGUUUCGCCAGAUCUCACACCCUCGCCUCAUUCGAUAGCACUUUAUCUUCUUUGAGCUACUCCACCGGCCAUCUUAACAGGAUUACCAACAGCCAGGAGAGGCUAUUGGACGUCAGAAAACCGGAUAUUCAACCUAUUAUAACCAAACAACCCGAACAAGAAUUCUCCGAGAAAAUCAAAAGGAUAUCGAUGAAAACUCAAGCUACGCAAACGGAGGCUGGUCUCGGCAGGAAACCUCUACCGCCCCACGUGAAUUUGAGCCCCAGGACAAUGCAAAAAGUGAAGAUGGUCUCCCAAGGCGCCCAGACCAACGGCUUCCUCAACAACAGGAAACUGAAGAAAUCCUUCUCGGAGGCCGGCGGCAAGUUCGGCGCGAACGGCGCCGACUCGGACCCGUACGAAUCCUCCGAUCACGAGCCGCUGCACCGCACCCAAUCCGACGAGCCGCCGCGCUCGCCGUUCCUGCCCGAACCGCCGCCGAACCGGCUCCGGCCGCCCGACAGCGACGCCUCCUCGCUCACCAAAUCCGACGAUUCCACCGAAUCCAAGCAGGAGAUCUUCAUCGACUUCAAGCCCCAGCUGGCGCCCGGCGAGGAGAAGCCCUCGAAGCGGACGCUGAUGAAGGCCUUGUCCGACGGGGAGAUCCUCUCGGAGCGACGCAGGGUGAGGAUUUCCGAUGACGGGGUCGUCCCGGAGGCGGGGAUCCACUCGGUGAGCCACGACGACGUGCGCAGGGACGACGAGGACGAGCGGAUUUUCGCGCCUUGCUUCCGGGAAACGCCGAUUUUGAACGAGGGCGUUUGCAAGCCGUUGGAGCGGAACGUUUACUCGUCGGUGGAGGUCGAUAACGGGGCGUACGGGCAGGAUUCGAUCGAUGAGGAUUUCCACGAGCAUUUGAUCUACAGCAAAACGUAUUUGGGCAGGGAGUACGUGGAGGAGCAGAGGAUUAACAUGGAGAAUUGGUUGAAGGACGAUUCGAUUGUGCCGUCGAUAAGUUUCUUGCCUCAUGCUAAACUAUCGCCGUUUACAUCUAACGAUUCUUUGGCGAAUGAUGGAAGAGAUCAAUCCGACGGGAUAUGGAACGAAUCCCAAGCCACGGUCCUGCAAGCCGAUUCUGGAACCGAUAACGGAACCGUGCUGAGCAGCUCUGAAUUAAAUUCCGCCACAUCGCCCGUUUUAGCUCUAACCCCUUCAUCGAAGAGGAAACACAUGCUGAUGAUCCAACACCAACAGCGAUCCUCCAUGGACACGGAAAACCUCGACGAGGAACUCUCCGAGCAACACCUCCAGGAGAAUUCCAGGAAAACCGGUCCGAUCCGGCCCGCUUCCAGGCAAUUCCUAUCCGUCGAGAAUGCUGCACCUAUAAGAAAGAAACUAACCCCAGAAACUGCCGCGGGAUCGUCCCCUUUACCUGCUGUCGUUCCCGAUUUGUUGCUCUCCAGAACCGACUCCUGCAGGACCAACACCGACGUAUCCGAGAGCACCACGACAGACGAUUACAUCACCGCCAAUUCCGGAACCGACAGCUCGAGGAAAAGCGGUUCUAACAAGGGUGCCGAGUUGUACGUGAACCUUUCGCGCUUGAAUAACGGCGGGUCCAGCUUGGAGAGCACCAGGUGCUCGGAGGACAUGGUGGUGCCGUCGUUCGCGCCCGCCUUCGCCCCCAACGAAGGCGACUCCUGCAGCCGGUGCAACACCCCAGUGCCUCAAAUCCGCACCGGCCGAUCGACUCCGUCCGACGACACGAGCUCCUCCUGCGGCAGCUACAGCGUGGGCGGCUCGGCGCCCGAUCUGCUCGACCGCUUCGUCGUCGAUUCGGUGCCGUCGCGACGGAAGAAAGCGUGCCCGCGGGCGCCGGCCUCCGACGAGGAGCCCAACAGCGCGCUCUGCUCCUCGUCGGGGUACUACGAAUCGCCGAUGGAGGACGACACGACUUCCUGGACUUCCCCGAAACCGGACAAACAUCGCAGAUGCAAAGAUUUCACUUUGGAAUUAUCGAGCAACAACACCAAAUCCUACGCGAUGGUUUCCAACGGGAAAUCGAACAAACGCAACAACAAAACCUCCCCGUCGGCUGAUAAACCGAAGCGCUCCAAGCCGAGGAUGCGCAGCCCUAUGCAGGGCCCCAGGAAGGGCGGCCCGUCGAAGAAGCACCUCUGCGAGAAGGAGCGCAAAGCCACAUCGGAGGAAUCCAGCUGCGACAUCGGCGACAAUCCACACCUCAGCAACCAGAACUCACCGAGGCGGAGCAAGAAAACCAAGGAAAACAACAAGAAGAAACCGUCCCCUAGGUCGCCGAUUAACCACCAGAAAAGCGGCGCCAACGGCGAGAAGAAAUCCUCCAGCCUACCCAACAGCUUGUCCAGAAAAAAACCAUCGAAACCGUCGCCGAGGAACUCGCUGGUGCCCGAUUGCGGCCAAUCGGAGCCCAAAAGCCCCGUCGGUUCCCCGUCGCGACUCGGCGCGACCAAACCGGACAAGCUGAAGGCGCUCAGCGCCGAGUCGCUGCGCUCGGUGAGCCCGGGCAGCGACAGCGUCUUCUACAGCGACCCCAGCACCGUGGAGCACCAGGUGCACUGUCUGCACUGCGGCAAGGAGGUGGACGUCGUCACCGCCGAUGAUCCGGAGAAGGGGGCGGCGCUCGCCGCUCCGGGCCCGGAGGAGAUCGUCCGGCCGCCGGCCGGGUUCGAGGACUCGCCGAGGAUCCGGGUCAGCGGCAGGUUGUUCAAGAAGCUGGAGCGCAGGAUCCGAUCGGAGGAGAGGAACUAUUUGGAGAACAGGAAGAACCGGUACAAGACCGAAGUGAGGGCGAAGUCGGAAGAAAGAGGAGCGAACACCUAUCGCAGCAAGCUGAGGUCUACGGAGAAGUCAUCGGAGGAGCUGUUGAAAGGGGCCGAUUCCAGUCCGAGCGUUUUACCCGGAGACCCGGAAACGGAAGAUGAUACGGGUGUGUACGAUGCCCCGUACGUGGAAGGUUGCUGGAUACAAAUCGACGAAAGAGACGAGGUUCUAUCCAGGAUGUCUUGCUCCAGUCCAAGCGAUAAACCUUCGCGCAAAGACUCGGUUUCCAGCACGGAAUCGGAGCGGGAGUUUCGAAGGAAGUUCCAAGCCGUGACUCACAGGAUGGUCCAUCGGAAAUCCUGUUUGGAAAUGUACAAACGACAGACUAACAAAUCGUUCGCACGACCGGUGCAGCGCGCGGUUUCUUUACCUCUCGAUUAUCAAUUUAAAUUCGACCUAAAUUACGGAAAUAAAAUCAUGGAGGACCUGUUAGGUCGGUCGGACUUGAAACUUAAACUCGAAGAACUACUGAAAGUUAUGUUACUGCUUUGGUGCAGGAAUAAAGAAGCCCUCAAAGGUUCGUAUGAAUUCGUGUUGAGUUACACGGAACUUACCCUACCCUACCUCUACUUACGAUUCAAAACCGCCCUAAAAAGCUCCAAAAUCUCUCCAAAAUCUUGCCCAACCCUACCUCUACUUACGACUCAAAACCCUUCCAAAAAGCUCCAAAAUCUUGCCCUUCCCUACAUCUACUUACGAUUCAAAACCGCUCCAAAAAGCUCCAAAAUCUUGCCCAACCCUACCUCUACUUACGACUCAAAACCCUUCCAAAAAGCUCCAAAAUCUUGCCUAACCCUACCUCUACUUACGACUCAAAACCCUUCCAAAAAGCUCCAAAAUCUUGCCCUUCCCUACCUCUACUUACGAUUCAAAACCGCCCUAAAAAUCUCCAAAAUCUCUCCAAGAUCUUGCCCUACCCUACCCCUCCUUACGAUUCAAAACCGCCCUAAGAAGCUCCAAAAUCUCUCCAAAAUCUUACCCAUUCCAAAUCCCUCCUUUCCCUAUGCAAUACCCUACUUCCUAGACCUUCUACCCUACCCUACCCUACAAAAACAUAUCAAUAACAUUGCAUUUUCUUUUGCAGAUUGCGACAAGACCGUGGUGGUUCGCAGGGAAUCGGGCGAGUUCGGUUUCCGAAUACACGGCUCGAAACCGGUGGUCGUUUCCGCCAUCGAGCCGGGAACCCCAGCUGAAACCUCCGGUUUAGAGGUGGGAGACAUCGUGUUAUCGGUGAACGGGGUGAGCGUGCUCGACAAAAACCAUUCGGAGAUCGUGAAAAUAGCCCAUGCAGGAAGCGAUACACUAACAAUGGAGGUAGGAUUGAUUUAUUCGUUCGUUCGCCGACAAUUCACCGAUACAAUUGGUCCACAGGUAGCGAGAACCUGCUACGUGCUGACGCCGCAACGAGACGAAGACACAUCGAAGGCGCUGUUCAGCGGGUACCUGUGGAAAUUGAGCGGGUACGCGAGCGGCAACAGCGACAAUCGCAGGUGGCUGAGACGCUGGUUCUGCCUGAAGCAAAACGGCUGUUUGUACUGCUACAAAACCGACGCGGACAAGCACCCGGUGGACGUGACGUUGUUGCAGAACCGGGAGAUCCGGCGGAUGGAAUCCGAUCUCAAGGCGAACGUGUUCGUCGUGCAAAAGCACGAGGGGGUGCCGCUGUAUUUGGCGGCGGAGUCGCUCGAUUUGGAAGAGAAGUGGAUCGAGGAGAUGGGUAAAUUGAUGGGGGACAAGAGGAAGAAUUCGAUCGAUGGGUUUUUGGAGCGGACCAAAGGGGAUUUGAGUUUGCCGGCGUGCGAGGUGAAAGAGCCCGAUUGUUUCGGUUAUUUGGUGAAAUUGGGCACGCAAUGGAAGAGCUGGAGUAGGAGAUACUGCAUAUUGAAAGAUGCUUGUCUUUAUUUCUAUCAGGAGGCCAAUGCGAAGAGUGCCUUCGGAGUGGCGUAUUUACAUGGGUACAGAGUGCAGCAGUAUCUGUCAGGAACUAAAAAAUAUGCGUUCGAAAUCGCCCCGGCGGACUCCACGAAGAAACAUUAUUAUUUCCAUGCGGACUCUGAUGCUGAUAAAAAGAGAUGGAUAGCUGCCUUGGAGUACUCGAUAGAUAAAUGGAUGAAAAUUUAGGAAUGCUAAAAAAAUAAAUACAAUUAAUUGUAUUUGAUACAUACACCGAUUUGAAUUCGAAAUGUGAAUAUACAGUAUUGAUUUCUAUUCACUAUUUUAUUGAGUAACGAAUUAACUCGUGUAUAUUUGUUUUAUUUGUGAGUGUGAUUUUCGAUUUUCAACAAUAA